AUGUUUGGAGCCAUCAAUGACCAAAAAGAUGUUGCUGAUGUUAUGCUCAUGGAUCUAAACGAUUGUUUAAAGAAGCAAUGGGAGAUGCACGUUCAAUCAUCAUCAGAAAAAUUCAGAAAUGAUGAAUUUCAAAAGGAAGCUACGGCACAGAAAGGCUCUCUUGAAGCACUCCGAGACAUCAAUUCCCAUAUUUUCAAUGUUGAAGAACGGUAUUCCAAUGAUAGUGCUCUUGUCAAACAAUGGAUCACUUCGGAUCAAGAAGAAGAAGAACAACGAAAGAAGAAAAAAUUGCAAUCAUCAGAACAUGAAAACAAUAAUUCUUCGGUUGAACAACAACAGGAAGAGAAUAUCCUCCAAUUGAUUCGGCAACGACUGGAUGACAAUUCCAAAUAUGAUAUUUUAGAGUACAUUCCAACGUAUUCCAGAUGGUCCGUGUUUGAACAAGAAGGAACUUAUCGCAAGUAUUUGCAAGCGAUCAAGUAUCCCUUCUUGUCAAGAACGAUGGCAUUACCACAUCAUCUCGAGUAUCAUCUGAUAUUCCCUUCAUUACCUUUCACAAAAUGA